GAAAGCCUCCGUGUGUGCACCGGAUGACCCGCGACAGUAGCUUUUACCUCCUGGUGGCCCUGGUGGCUACCGCUGUCCUUCCUCUCUGCCCUGCUUUCGUUGUGCACAUGUCUUCGGGAACAGCAGUAACAAGCCACAGGACCAGCGAGGACUACAGACGUUCGCUCGUUGUGGUGGGUCUAAACGGUGCCCAACAGCGCACCAUCAUCUUCAAGCCCCCAAAGGGCCUACGCGUGGGCGACGUCAAUCGGGCGAGCUCCGUUGGUUCAGGCAUCGGAGGCAAGGGACAGAACGUGUGCGUCGCGCUUCGAACUCUUGCGGAGGGCGGCGGUGUUGCGGACGAUGGUGCUCAGGGAGAUGUUGAUGUCACGCUAGCCCACUUUGCCGGCGGCAAAUCAGGCGAAUCUGUGUGCGAAAACCUCUCCGCCAUGGGCGUGAAGCUCAUCACCUCGGCCACCGAGGCCGAGAUGCGAUUAUGCACCUCCCUCGUGGACGAACGCUUCGGCGAGACGACGGAGAUCAUAGAGCCCUGGUCGGCAGAGAUCACGGACGAAGAGCAGCAAGUUCUUCUGGCGGACUGCAAGUCGACGUUCGGAGAGGUUCCCUGCAUCCACGGAGUGGCGGUGAUGGGGAGCAAUCCUGUGGGAGUGGGCAAGGACGCACUCGUGGACAUCAUGGGCGCGAUCACGAAGUCGGCAGGCUUCAAGGGGGCGGAGACGCGUGUGCUGGUAGAUAGCGUGGUCGGGUUCCAGGCUCUCGUGGACACCGGCCACAUUAGCUUGCUAAAGGUUAACGCCGAAGAAGUGGUGUCGCUUGCGGAGAGCGGGAGGGAGGGCGACGGCGAGGGAGAAGGGGGGGGGGGCGUGUCCGUGUGGAUGGAAGACAAGCUGGCGAUGGCGGCAGCCGAGCUGUUCGUGCGGCACGAGGGCCGCUUGCCGUGGAUCGCGGUGACGAACGGGGGUCUUCCAUCGUACCUCUUCAGCCGAGAGUUCCUUGGGGAGGACGGAUCCUUGAGCUCGUUUUGGAGAGUAACCCCCGCACCGGUGGACGCCGUAAACCCAAUCGGGGCGGGAGAUGCGGUGGCCGCGGCGACGCUGUACGAGUGGACGCGAGGCGAGGAGUUGCCGGAGGCGUUCCGAAGAGCUCUUUCCGUAGGGGGUGCGACGUGCACGAGCAGGAACCCCGUCUGCAACUCUUACUUCUCGAUCGAGGAGGCCAGGGGGCUCUUGCCUGAUGUUCGCCUAGAGCAGAUUCGGCGAAAGUAGGGAUGGAUCGGAUCCGAGCCUCGAAGGAGUUCUGUUCGCCGUCGUAGUAGAGCACGAGUUCUAGUUAUUGACGAUUUGUCAUGUUGUCUAAUACCUAUCCUCCCGUGUUGGAUGCGGCCCAUAGUCUAGAGUGUUGCGUCCAGCAUGAGAAUAUGGAUACACGGUAACCAGCCCUCGAUGCUCGCUUUUUUCUCGGCCCUUCGGUCGCACUCGCAAGUUGCCCUUUGGUCCAAGAUAGCUAUUGCUGUAGACUGUAGUUUGAGACUCUUUGCGAGGGUGCGAAUGUUGAUUCUUCCACAUCGUUAUGUUGACAGCCGCAGCAGCAGCA